AUGGAGCUUCCGCCCGAUGCCCAGCGGGGCAAAAGCCGCGCGGCGGCCGUGAGCCCGUUGGUGCUGCGCGAAAUCGUCGCCGUGCGACGCGCGCAUCCCGAGCUCGCGAACGAGCACAUCGCGACGGCCGUCAACGCGCAGUACGGCACGCGCCUCGGCAGCAGCGACAUCGAUCGACUCUAUCGAAAGGCCACCGUCGAAAGCAGCGUAGGGAAGAAUAAGUUCGUUCGUUAUAAGAACGCGGAGCUUGAGGCGGAGUUGGCGCGUUGGACGCGCGAGAGGCGGCUCCGUCUCGAAGCGUGGUGGGCGGCGCGGGGGAAGACAAAGGUCCAGAGGUCGAGCAUCGUGCAUAACCUGCAGAAACACGCGCGGCGCGUCGCAGAGCGGUUCGGCGUGCCUCCUCUGUUCGAGUUCGAGCGCUGGUGGUGCUGCGAAGUGCUGCGCGACGCGGGUCUCGACGAGUGCGGCGAGGAGGUGGGGACGCGCUCGGGGGACGAAGGGGGGACGCGGGGGAGGGACGAGGCGGAAACGCGCGACACGCAGGGGGAGAAACAGGACGACCGCGUCGCACGCGGUAACGGAGAGGCGCCGGACUCCGCUAGUGCUGGCGAAGGCGGCUUAGGCGGCGCUGCGGCAGGCGAGCUGAGUGCGGGCACAAGCGGCGGGGGCGAUGAGGGCGGAGAGGCCGACGAGGAGCAGGUACCUGCGGGCGCACCGUCGUGGGCGCGGGGCAGCGCCGCCGCGGCCGUGCGCUCCAGCAGCACGCCCAACGGCGGGUCGGCCGCGGCGCCGGGCGCGGCCAACGCGGCUGCGAGCGCGCUGGCAGCGCGCGUGCGGUACGAGGUGGCGAUGCUGGCGUGCGUGCGGCCGUUCCUGAGCCCGCGGAUCGUGACGGCCGCCGUGCACGCGCGCUACGGGCUGUGGCUCAUCCCCAAGUACGUCCGCCACAUCGUCCAGGAGAGCCGCCGCUGGGUGCGCGCGGACGCGGGGGAGGGGAGCGCGCCCGGCGCGGCGGACGCGGGGGAGAGCGCGCUGGAGGAGGCAGUGGCGCUGUGGGUGGUGGCGGAGGAGGAGGGCGCGGGGCGCGCUGUGAGCCGCGCGCAGCUGGUGGGGAAGGCGAGGGAGCUGGCACGGGGGUGCGGCGUGGAGGAGGGGCGGUGCACUGAGUCAUGGGCGAGCAGGUUCGUGCGGCGGUACGGGCUGCUGCUGCUGCGCCUGGCUGAGGCACGCCGGGGCGCCGGGGAGGGGGGCGAUGGGGAGAGGACAGGAGUGGAGAAGGGGAAGGGCGGAGGGGCGGAAGGAAGAAGUGGGAGUGAAGUGGAGUGGUGGCGGAGAGGCAGGAGGAGGCUGAGGAAGAAAGUGAGGCGCAUGGGAACAGCGAGUGACGAUGAGGAUGCGGAGGGGGAGAACUUUGAGGAGGAGUAUGAGGAGGACUGGGCGGGGUUUGAUGGUUGUGAUGCUGCUGGUACUGCUGGUGCAGCUGGGGCUGCUGGUGGUGCUACUGCUGCUGCUGGGGCGAGCGCGAGCAGGAGCACGGGGUGGGAGAGGGACAGGCGGAUGGGGCUGCUGGCGGGGGUGGAGAACCCGUACCGCCAUGCACGCGCUCUGCUCAUGCGCCUGGCUCGCCACGAGGGCGCCAUGCUGCCCUCCCACGUGCUGGAGGAGGCCCUUCUGGACGCCCACCUGCUGCCGCCACUGCCAGCAUCAGAAUCACCAGUACCAGCGCCACGAGAGGACCACGUGCAGCGUGGCGAGUCAUCAGCGCCAGCAGCGCCAUCAGCGCCAGCAGCGCCAGCAGCGCCAGCAGAGGGACGUGAGGAGCCUGUGGGCCGUGCUGUGUCACAGGGAGAGGCGGUGGAGAGGCAAGGGGAGGCAGACCUGGGGCGAGCAGGGGAUGGUGGCGGUGGGAGAGGGGAGGGAACAGGGGAUGGUGGCAGUGGGAGAGAAGAGGGUGCAGUGGGUGGCACCGAACAGUCCCCAUCUCCUUGGCACGAUGAUGCAUGGCGCUCCGUGUCCCCUCUGCCCGCCAUGGACAGCCCCGAGCUGCAGGCGCUGCAGAGGGAGGUGAGCACCGAGAGCGUUGUGCUGCCCCACUUCCACUUCCACCGCCUGCCGCCCGCCUUCCGGGGCAGCACUGGUGGGGGAGAGGGGGCAGGUGGAAGGGGGGGGGAGCGAAGAGGAGGCGAGAGUGGAGGCGGGAGGGCUGAGGAGGAGGCGGGGGUGGAGCAGGAGGAGGGAGAGGGGGAGGGCGGGCGGGUGUACCUGGUGUGUGGGGAUGCGGCGGCAGGCGUGGUGGUGGAGCGGCAGCUGCCAGGCCUCACACUGAGUCGCAUCAGAGCCAUCUGCCUGGCCGCCCUCGCCCGCCCCCACCUGCCCCACGCCCACCUGCUGCACGCCAUUGACCAGGCGUGGGGGCUGGUGCUCUCCCCCCUUGACCUGCGCGCCAUCCUCGCCCAGACCCCCAGGUGUGCCUCCCUCGCCUCGCCCCCCCUUCCACCACCCUCGCUCCCUCACUCGCCCUCCACCAUCUUUGCCUUGGCACCGUCGUGGAUGGUGCUGCCGGGGGGCAUAGAGAGGGCGGGGGUGGAGGGGCGGGUGAAGGAGCGCGUGCAGAGGGAGGAGGGGCAGAGGGCGGGGCGAGUGGAGGUGGUGCUGCUGCAGUGGGUGCAGCAGCUGUCCGCCACCAUCCUCCUCGACCGCGCCCGCUUCUCCUUCCCGCCUGGCUUCCGCUGGGGCUCGCCUGCUGCUGAAGCCAGCAGUGCUGCUGCUGGUUCUGCUGCUGCCGCCGGUGCUGCAACUCCCAGUGGUGCUCAGAGUGGAGACGGUGAGGAUGGUGGCACUGCUGCUGCUGCAGGUGGGAUCAUGGAGGAGCAUAUGAGGCGCCUCUUUGGCCCACUGGACCCGGGAGGGGGGUCAUCCACCACCGUUCAACCUCAUCUUGGUGGGACCGUGAGCGCGCAGGUGGGUGGGAGCCUGCUGGGGAAGCACGGGGUGCCGUUCAUUCUCACGCGCCCCAUGCUGCGCCAGGCAGCCCGCCGCAUCGCCCCGCUGCUGUACCGCAGCGGCAGGGGCUACCCCAAGCUCGAGAUCUACUGGUGCCGCCGCUUCCUGCGCCGCCUCGAGGCCCUGCGGUCGCUGGCACGCCUGAAGCUCACUUCUGCCCGCCAGGGGGACCCGGCGCCCGUUGUGAUCCGGUGGCCGACGGCAGGUGAGCCAGCAGCAGCAGUGGUGGUGGCGGCGGUGCAGCGGGCGCUGUGUGAGUGGGUGGCGGAGGGGGUGGUGGGGCGGCGAGCGGACGAGGAGGAGGCGCGGGAGCAGGCAGUGGUGGUGGGCGCGGUGCAGGCCACGUGGGGCGUGGCGGUGGGCGAGGAGCUGCUGGCUCUGCUGUGGCAGCAGCGCUCCCAGCUGCUGGGCCACGCGUGGGAGGGGCGCAUCAGAGCACGGCUGGCAGGUGGCGUGCAGCAGAGGGAGGGUGGCGAUGGGGAGAAGGAGGUGAAGGCUGGGGAUGAUGGUGAGGGGCAGGUGGGGCAGGUGAAGGGGCAGGUGGGGCAGGAGAAGGGAAAGGUGGGGCAGGAGAAGGGAAGGGUGGGGCAGGAGAAGGGGCAGGUGGGGCAGGAGAAGGGGCAGGUGGGGCAGGAGAAGGUUCAGGUGGGGCAGGAGAAGGGGCAGGUGGGGCAGGAGAAGGGAAAGGUGGGGCAGGAGAAGGGCGUUUAUGGGGACCCCAGCGCGGUGCUGCUGCAGUGGGUGGCGUGGCGGGACGUGCGUGCAUUGCUGCUGGCACUGGACGGGCCGCAGUGGCAUGGCAGGCUGCUGGCACGUGUGGCAUGCAAGGUGUAUCGGGGGGUUGUAUGCAGGGCCGGGCAGGACCACUGCACCGUGCAUGCGGUGAAGCAAGGUGCAAGCAGGGACGGGCAGGGCCAGCGCACGGUGCAUGCAGUGGCGCAAGGUGUGUGUGGUGGAGGUGGAGGGAACGGGAAGAGGAGGCGUGAAGGGGAGGGAACGUGGGUGCGAUGCGUGCGACAAGGGUACUGGUACUUUGAUCGCAGUGGGAUUGCUGAUGCUCAUGUUGGUGAUGGUGGUGAUGGUGGGAAUAACGAUGAUAGUGAUGAUGAUGAUGGUGGUGCUGGCGAUGGUGGUGGUGGUGGCGGUGGUGGUGGCAUGGGAUCAUGGCCACACAGCGAGCACCAAGUGGGAGGUCGAAGCCACCCUGCAGGGCGGCAGUACAGCGCAGCGCCUGCCUGCCAGCCACGGCCGAUUGCUCCCCGCCCCACCCCGCCCACGGCAGAGGCAGCGCUGGCAGGUGCAGGAGCAGCAGCGACGGUGGGGGUGGGGGUGGGGGUGGGGGCAGUGCAGCAUGGGCAGAGCACAGCAAUGGGUGCAUGGGGUGGCGCACAGGCAGCAGCAGCAGCAGGCAGAUGGCAGCAGGUGCACUCCACACAGACUGCAGCAGCAAUGCCCGCACGCUCACACGCUCACACCACGCCAUCAGCUGCUGGCCCCGUGCCUGCUUCUCUGCCCCUGCGCUCCUCUAAUCUGCAGGCAUUGCAGCAGAGCCAGCAUCUCGGGCAGCUGCUUGCAGCACAGGGGGGCUCUCAGCCCAUUCCCGCACAGCCCUGCCACCCGGGUUCCUAUCCACCCGCGUCGUACCAACCCACCUCAUAUGGGCCCACCUCUUAUCGGCCCACUUCUAAUCAACCUACUUCUUAUCAGCAGCACACCUCUCAUCAACCCACUCCUUAUCAGCCCACUUCUUAUCAACCCACCUCUUAUCAGCCCACUGCUUAUCAACCCACCUGUUAUCAGCCCAACUCUUAUCAGCCCACCUCUUAUCAGCCCACCUCUUAUCAACCCACCUCUUAUCAACCCAGCCCUUAUCAGCCCAGCUCCCGUCCGCUUGGCACACCCCAACCGAGUCGUCUCCACCAACCCUAUGCUUCCCAGCAGCACCCUCCCCUCUCUCACGUUCCCUCCUCUCACCCUCCCCCCUCUUACCCUCCCCUAUCUGCAUGCGUUGAGGGUCAGGGAACGCGAAGGAGGGAGGGGAGGAAAAGGAAGUUGCAACGAUUGAAUCGGGCAGGUAGAAAGGUUCCGAAGGAUGGGCGGGCAGGGAAACGGGCAGCAAAAGGAUCAGCUUUUCAGAAUGCAUGGAAGAUGCUGAUGGUGCGAGGGGGUGAGGAGGGCGAGGAGGGAGAGGAGGGUGAGGAGGGAGAGGAGGGAGAGGAGGAGAGGCAGCGAGACAGGGGGAAAUCGAAGCGCAAUGGGGAGCAGAGGAGGGUUACAUGGGGGGAUGCGCGCAAGGGAGUGAAUGGCAGGCGGGAUAGAAAGGCAGGGGUUGAUGGUAGAAGCAGUGGUGGCGAUAGCAGUAGUGACAGUGAGAGCAGUGCGAGUGGGAGUGAGAGUGGGAGUGAGAGUGGGAGCGAGAGUGACGGGUCUGAGGAGGGCAGCAGAGAUGAGAGCACACAGGGAGGGGAGAGCAGCCGAGUUCACCCAGGUAUCACAGCAGGCAGGGGGCAGCAGGCAGGAAGAGGGGGUGCGGGCGCGAGCAGCAGGCGGGGGAGGUUGCAUCCAGGGCUGGAGUUCUUCGUGCAGGCAGAGGCAGCAGGAGCCAUGCAGGCCACGCCUGGGGAAGGUACAUCUGUGCCGCUCUCUCUCUCCCAGAAUCUGGCUGAAGCAGUGGUGGAGACGGCACUUGUGGCGGCAGCAGUGGCCACUCCUGCUGCCACUGCUCCUGCUGCCACUGCUCCUGCUGCCACUGCUCAUACUGCCACUGCUGCUGCUGCUGCUGGCACUGCUGCUGCUGUCACUGCUGCUGCUACUGCUGGUGGCACUGCUGCUGCUGCUGCUGCUGCUGGUGGCACUGCUGCUGCUGCUGGCACUGCUGCUGCUGCUGCUGCUGCUGCUGGUGGCGGCAUGGAGACGAUUGUGACACCAGGAGUGGUGAGAGCCAUGGGGGGCAUGGGGCCCCCAAGCAGGCAGCAUGGCUCUCAUCAUCCACCCGGGAUGGCUGCCACUGCUUCCGAUGCUGCCAUGGCUUUGCGCCUCCUUGCCCCCCGCCCAUCCAACUAG